UUGGCAAUCGUAGUUCCUCGCUGGAGGAACCCUAUGGCGAGGCAGCUGCUUUUCCUUCCCGCCCUUGGGCUAAGCGUCCGUCCGUCGCAGCAGCCCUGGCCAAGGCCCAGGGAAGAGGUUCCUCCAGCCCCUGUAGAGCUUCCUGCUUUUCACAAGGUGCCGAAGAAGCCGCUUCUCUGCGGCAGGAACUGAGAGAGGUAGAAGAGAGGCUGGGAGGGAGGUGCUGCUUUUACGGCCGCCCGUCACGCCGGGCCGGGGAGGCGAAAGAGCAAAGCUCGGGCCACCCUCGGCGAAGACGCCUGGGAAACCGCACGCGACCCCGACCUGCUCCCCUUGGGACGUAGGGAAAGAAGAGCAAGCGAGACAAGAGCCGGCACGUCCUUUCCCUCACGUCCCUCCUUUCCCGUCCAGGCCGGACUGGCGCCUGCCUUCAGGGGGUGCUGCCGCCUCCUGGGACCCUUCACCCCGAGAUGCGACCAUGGACUGCAGGAUCAAAGAAAAUCCAGAGACUACCUUUGAUUUGGUGAUACAAGUAAAACGCCAGGCUUCUGAAAAUGAAGAUCCUGUGGUUUUGUGGAAGUUCCCGGAGGACUUUGGAGACCAGGCAAUCCUCCAGAGUAUACCUAAAUUCUGCUUUCCUUUUGACAUUACAAGGGUAACGCAAGUUGGACAGCAUUUUACUUUUGUGCUUACUGACAUUGAAAGCAAGCAAAGAUUUGGAUUUUGUCGUUUAACAUCAGGAGGCAAAGUGUGCCUAUGCAUUCUAAGCUAUUUGCCAUGGUUUGAGAUGUACUACAAACUUUUAAAUACACUGGCGGAAUAUUUAGCUAAAGAGCAGGAAGGUGACUUGAAUGAUAUAUUAGAAACAUGGUAUAACCAUUCUGUACCAGAGGCAAAUACUCCUAUCAGCUUAAAUUUGCAUUCGUAUUUUAUUACUCCUGAUUUAACUGGAUUACCAACUAUUCCUGAAAGUAGAAAUCUUACAGAAUAUUUUGUUGCUGUGGAUGUGAAUAACAUGCUACAACUUUAUGCCAGCAUGUUGCACGAGAGACGCAUUAUUAUUACCUCCAGCAAGCUAAGCACUUUAACUGCUUGUAUUCAUGGGUCAGCUGCAUUGCUAUAUCCAAUGUACUGGCAGCAUAUAUACAUCCCGGUACUCCCACCACAUCUCCUGGAUUAUUGCUGUGCACCAAUGCCUUAUUUGAUUGGAGUUCACUUCAGUUUAAUGGAGAGAGUCAAAAGUAAAUCAGUGGAGGAUGUGGUGAUGCUAAACGUUGACACAAAUACAUUGGAAACACCAUUUAAUGACCUGAGCAAUCUACCAAGUGAAGUGGUCUCGGCCUUGAAAAAUCAACUGAAGAAGCAGUCCACAGCCACUGGUGAUGGAGUAUCCAGGGCGUUCCUCAGAGCUCAGGUGGCCUUGUUUGGUUCCUACAGAGAUGCACUAAGAUACAAACCUGGAGAACCUAUCAUUUUCUGUGAGGAAAGCUUUAUCAAGCAUCGUUCCAGUUCUACUAAAUAUUUUCUGGAAACUGCAGUGAAUCUCCAACUUUUUAAACAGUUUAUUGAAGGUCGACUUGCAAAGCUAAACGCAGGAAAAGGAUUCUCCGAUAUAUUUGAAGAAGAAAUCUCAUCAGGAAGUGGAGGAAAUUUAAGAACAUACCAUCAGUGGAUGCAUACUGUGAAGAAAGGAGGAGCCUUGAUCAACACAGCAGUGAACAAAGCUACUCCAGCUGUGAAAACAGCAUACCAAUAUGCAAAAAAUCAUGCAAAACAGGGAAUAAAAGAGGUGAAGAGUAAGUUGAAACACAAGGAAAGAGAAGAUGGCUAUGGAAUUUGUAGCUCAGGUUUUUCACAAUACGCUCCAUUCUGUACCUUUCAUAAUUCUUCAAGAGAGAACACAGAAAAAAGGCGACUUGCACAGACUCGCUUUGGGCAUUUUUCAAGCAAUAUGCAAAAUAAUGACUCUGCCUUGGAUGAAGAUGCUGAUGAUGAGCUAGACCCAGGAAGCAAAUUGUCAUCGGAAGACAGUGAGGAAACGUCUUACUAUUUGUAUGACAGUGACGACUCUGGGGAAUUAUCCAAAACGUCUGUUCCUCCUGGAGAAAUGGAUCUGCUGGGAGAGAUUUUGGAUACACUGAGUACACAUAGUUCUGAUCAAGGGAAGCUCUCGGGGGCAAAAAGCUUGGACUUUUUUCGAUCGAUGGAUAACAUUGACUACAAGUCAAAGAAUAAAUCCAACACUCCAAGUGAGAGCAAUCUUGCCCUACUCUGUAGUGGUUGGACAUCUGACCUGGCUACUUGGAAUCAGCGACAGGAGGACAACAUCCUCACUGAAAAGAAGCUUCCUCAGUCACCCAGGAAAUGUGUUCCUUCUAGCAGUUAUAGAGAAUCUGUUUUUGUGCUAAGUAACGAAAACCCUAACCUUACCUCCAGUGCUGAUGACUUGACCUCACCUAAUAAUCAUCUAAGAUCUCCAGAUUCACCCCAAGAAACUAUGCAGGAACAUUCUCUGCAAACUUUGCAACUGAAGAGUAAGUGGAAUGAAACACUAAGCAGGACCUCUGCAGAUGAGAAGUCACCAAGCUUGAGUCCAAAUCCAUCGUUCCUCGUUCCAUGGGAGAGAGAAACCCAAGAUGGAAAUGAAAUUCUUGAAGAGGGUGGGCUUCUUCAAGAAGUGGUGUCAUUAUGUAAACUGACUUCUGCUUUCAAUCAAGGUUUAAACAUUUCAGGGGACGGGUUUUCCAACAGCAGUGGGAAUAAAACGUAAGGAAUAUUUAUUUAUUGAGAGGUUACGUGCGUGGUAAAUGACUAAAGGAAAACAACUCAGGAUAUCAUAAUAAAGGAAAUAAGAGAUCUUCAGGUUUUUUAAUCUGUUUUAGUUGGCCUUUUUUGUGUGUUUUUAUUCUUUUAUUUUGAGCCUAUCUCCUUUGAAUAUAUUUGCUCCACUUCAGUUCACAAUAUAAGCUUGCAUUUGGGAUGGAGCUGUAUAAGAGAACCAGUUUGGUCUAGUGGUUGGCGCACCAGCCUAGAAACCAGGAGACUG